ACCCGGAAGGAUUGCCUUUCUGUGAUUAACGUUUGAAUAGACAAGAAUGACCAAUUUAUCCUGUGAAGAAACCAUUAAACGCGAUGCUGCUAACGUUGUACAGCCUCUGAUAGUCAUAUUUGUGUCUUAAUCUUCGGCGCUGGGGGCAGAGGCGGUCGAGUGUGAGCAGCAACGCCCUGAUGCCAGCCUCCCCGUCGGAGAAAAAUAAACUCGCCGUGUUUACAACUCCGUGGAGAGGGGCUGUUUCCCCGCAGUGUGUCGUUAGCUAAUCGUGCGGCUGUGAGUGUUUUCCAGGCGAAGAAAAAAAAAAAAAAAACAUGGCUGAACUGCAUGUUGUGGAACCGAGCGGUACUAGCACCAUAGAGCAGCCCGAGCACCGCGAUGUCCGCGGCUCCGUGCGCCUGGCUUCGCCCACUCUCAUGGUUCCUCCGCGGAGCAGCCAGCUCAGUCCCGGCGGGGUGUCGAGCGGCGGCGGCGGUGGAAGCGGAGGAGGAGGAGGAGGAGGAGGACGGUCGGUGUUCGGGUUCCCCGUGAAGAGCAACCCCGGCUCCCCCUCCGAACCGGUGGACAAGCCGGGCUCACGCUGGGUCCGGCUCAACGUCGGUGGGACCUACUUCAUCACAACCAAACAGACGCUGUGCAGGGACCCCAAAUCCUUCCUGUUCCGACUGUGUCAGGAAGACCCCGACCUGGACUCUGACAAAGACGAGACAGGAGCCUACCUGAUCGACAGGGACCCCACGUACUUCGGCCCAAUCCUGAAUUACCUCCGGCACGGGAAACUGAUCAUGGACAAAAAUCUGGCUGAGGAAGGGGUUCUUGAGGAGGCUGAGUUCUACAACAUCGCAUCCCUGGUGAGGCUGGUGAAAGAGAGGAUACGGGACAACGAGAACCGGACAUCUCAGGGCCCUGUGAAGCAUGUGUAUCGAGUACUACAGUGCCAAGAGGAGGAACUCACGCAGAUGGUCUCAACCAUGUCAGACGGUUGGAAGUUCGAGCAGCUCAUAAGCAUCGGCUCCUCAUAUAACUACGGCAACGAGGACCAAGCGGAGUUUCUAUGUGUGGUUUCCCGGGAACUCAACAACUCCACCAAUGGCAUCGUCAUCGAGCCCACCGAGAAGGCCAAGAUCCUUCAAGAGCGAGGCUCGCGGAUGUGAAGAGGCCCAGCUCCCGAGCUGAACAACACUUUAUCAACAAAAACAAAACGACAACAUGAACAUUUUCUCCAUGAGUUUACCCCCCUCCGCCUGUCUACCGUCACCGCCACCUUCGUCGUCGUCAUCAUCAUCAUCAUCUUCAUCCACCCCCCUCCCUGCCUCCCUCCCUCCCUCCCUCCUCCUCUGGUGUGCCUUUCCACAGCGGGGGCUCCCCGUCGCCCCCCUCUCCUCCAGCGCUGCAACACGACCCUGACCUGUCUUCUCGUUUCCUCUCCUCCGCCGCGGGCUGUGCAACACCUUAGGGGGAGUUCGGAAGAGAUCACAAGCGAGCGGUUGUCCUCAUAGCAGCUUUUUGAUGGUCAGUGUCACGGCGACGCGGGCUACGGUGCUGAUUGUUGUUGUCGGCGGAUGGACGCUCAGCACAGACCUACUGUACAUCAUCAUCUUCAUCGACAUUUUUAUCAUCGUCACUGUCGACAGACAGGAUACUUGUUCGCUCUUAUACGUUUGGCUGUCGACUUAGCAGAAAUCUCCUCAGGACUCUCAAAGGACACAAAGGAAUGAACACAGCUCCACUGACUGAGCCUCCCUCUUUACCCGAAUCUGUUAACGGAGCGAGACUUGGCUGCCCGCCGUCGGCUUGUCGGCGCCGCCAGACUCCUCGGCCGACGUCUGAGCUACGUCGCGGCACAGCAAACCGGGCCAGGAGGUCCAGAGGUGGAGGAUAAGACGGAGCAGUUGCAAGCAGCAUGAGGCAGGGUCCAGUCUCUCUGUUUGAGCCAGCCUGGUGCAGCAUUUCCUCUACUCUCUCGAGUCUUUAGGAACAGCCUAAACGAGGGACAGAUUUUCAUCUUACAGGCGCCCUGUUUUGGUUCGGCGGCGCUGCUGGAAAAUCACGACAUCCUGCUCCUCCUGUUCUCGGGCUCGAUUUGAUCUGUUCCCGCGGGGAAAAAAUUUGGGAUAUUUUAGCGCAAAACAACACAAAUGACUCAAAAAGACUACACCCGUGUACAAUUUGUCGAGGCAUGUGAGGAAUCUAUAUAAAUCUAUAUAGGCUACAUGAUGAAAUUAUAUGAAAAAUUGAAUGCAAAUGGUGUAAUUAUUGAUUUCUGUAUCAUAGUUGUCAUAUAUUUACAUAUUCUGGUGGGUGAGUCUAUUUAAAUAAUGGAGGAAAUAUCAGUUUUUCAUAACCAGUUUUCCUGAGGGUUUCCCACCCGCUGACGUGGGUGUGAGUAUGUUUAUGCAGUGCCUCUCUGCUUCUGUCCAUGACUGAAAUAUCACAAGUUUUUCAGCUGCACGUUUUCUGUGGUGUUCCUCAAAAAAAAAAAAACUUUUCACUAAGUUUUCUCCUUAAUAUCCUACUUCGAUCUCUUGCAUAUCUUAAAAUUGUAAUUAGGGACAAGGAAAACUACUGUCGUUGCCAUUUGUCCACACAGGCGUGGCGCGGCGUGGCCCGGCGCGGCCCGGCGCGGCGCGGGAUUGGACUGUGGCCAGUCUGUAUGCUGCCUCAAAACCCUGAAACACCCCUCUCUGCCUGGCCUUGUGCUGCUCUCAUGCCAAUAUUCACUCGCUCUGCAGCUGCCUCUGUUGCCGCUCCUCAACCUAACACCCAGAACGACUGUGUUGUCUUACAUUCUGCAGCACUUGUAGCAACCGUUGGCGCAAGCUGAAUUGUGCUCCUCGCGCUUAAAGCCCUGAGAUACCUGAGCCUACGUUAUCGCAGAAAAUUUACAUGCUGUCAGUGAACCUGCCAGAUGGGAAGUGUCUUCAGCUUUUCUGAGCUUCAGAGGGGAGCCUUUAUUUCAGAUGUUAUGUGACAUUUUUUCCGUGCCAGCAGACGGGCGCUACCUUGGCUGAAGUAUAUUUCCCCUGAAAUAUACUUGACAUUAAGUUGCUAUGUGAUAGUGCUGUUUUUAAGACUUGUAACAACAUUGGAGUAACAUGCAAAUCCAGUACAUAGUAGCCUGGUUCCACAUCUCUGAUUUUAUACUGAAAAUUAAUGAUUAUCAGGUUUAACAUAUACAAAUAUAAGCUUUCAUAUUAUCCAUAAGUAAUAUGUGAGUAAAACCAAAUCAGCUUCUACUUAAAAUGUGCAUUUACCAAAGCUGCAAGUAACUAUGGCUGAAACUAUUAGUUGUUCUGUGGAAAUUCAUCAGCAAUUUUAUUUUUUUUUAUAUUAUUUGAUAAUUGCAUUUAUCAGUCAGAAAUGUCAAACACUCUUUGGUUUCAGCUUCUCGCGCGAGGAGUUUCUUCUUUUUUCUCCGUUUCAUAUCGUUUAUAAAUGGAAUAUUUUUGGGUUUUAGACGGUUGGUCGGACAAAGCAGAGACAACAGAAGACGUCCCCUUGGGCUCUGGGGGCUUGCAUUUGGCAUUUUUCACUACUCUGGCAUUUCAUGGACGAAACAAAUGAUCAGUUGACCAAGGAAAAUAAUCAGCAGAUUAGUCAGUAAUGAGAAUAAUCAUAUAUUACAGCCCUAAGCAGUCACUAAACUAUAAGGCUGCAACAAAUGAUUAUUUUCACAUCAAUUCAUUAAUUGCUUAGUCUAUAGAAUUGUCAGAAAAUAUUGAAAAAUGCUCAUUACAGCCUAUCAGAGCUGAGAUGACGUCUUCACGUGUCCGGUUUUGUCCUACCAACAAUCCAAAACCCAAAAAUAUUCAGUUUACAUUGAUGUACAACGGAGAAAAGCAGCAAAUUCUCACAGUUGAAAAGAAGAAAGUGGUGAACUUUUGUGGCGUUCGCACUGCAGUAAAUAAAAAAAAAAGAUGAAUUCAUUCUAAAUGUCAGCAAAUGUGAAUAUAAUGUUGUUACUGGUGUGAGUGCAGCCUUGUUAUAUGAGCAACUUGAUGCAACGUUUGAGCCAUAUUUACACAUAUCAGGUGGAAAAUUGAAACAUCUCAUUGUUACCCAUCGUGCAGACUGAACUCGCAUUUUAAUCACUGCGCCUUCAAAGCUGAGGGGCAUCCAGUCCGCACGUGACCGACACCUCUCACUGGCAUUGAUCAUUUUGAUACACAACCCUUUGUACAAAGAGCAUAUUUGAUGCAGUUAUGUUAUAUCAAGCAUGAACAAAAAGAAUGCGUUUAAUGGGAAAAAAAAAAGUGUACCUUUGCUGUUGUCAUGCUCUCUGACCGUGUUCAGUCAGGCCUCGCAGCUCAAAACUUUGAUGUGACUUCUUCAUUGUUGUUUUAAUUUCUCAUUUAUUUUAUUUUUUUUCCUCUUCUGUGUGUCGUGCAGUUUUUAUUCUACUCCAGUCGGAGUCGUGAGCAGGCUGUGUGCUGCUGAAGAUGCCCAAACGUCUAAUUGAGGAGCACUUUCUCUCUCCCUCGUUGUUCUCUGGGCCUUUGCAAAGCACCUUGGGUGUUGUUUCCCUUCGUCAGUGUCCGGUGUUGUGCCUUUGACCUGUGUUGUGCACAGUUGUUCUCCCCCUCCUAUCAUACGGUGCCUCUCAUACCUUUAAAAAAAAAAAAAAAAAAAAAAAAA